CAGUCACCUUCACAUGUCACUCCCUGUCCUCAUGCAUUCUUCUGUUGCACUUAAACUAUCUUUUCCUCAUCUACCAAUUGACAAAUAAAUCACUUUCCCUCCAUCACUCCCUCAUACCCCAAAUCUCAUGAAAUAAAAAAAUUAUCUUGCCAGAACUUUGUCACAAAAAAUAGUCCCACCAUGCCAAAAAAAAUCACCCUUCUUUCAUCCUUCAUUUUCUUGACAAUCCAAGCUUUCUGCCUAGAUGAUUUCAUCUUCAAUGGAUUCAAGAAACCAGAAACCAAUUUAAGCUUGAGUGGAACUGCAAGAAUUGACAAACAUGGCAUCCUUCAGUUGACAAACAACACUGGUAGACUCAUGGGCCAUGCUCUUUUUCCCUCACCAAUUCAGUUCAAGAACUCCGAAGAUGGUCCUGUUAAGUCCUUCUCUACAUGCUUUGUGUUCAACAUAGUCCCUGAGUAUCCAAGGCUUGGAGGCCAUGGCUUGGCUUUCACUGUUGCACCAUCUCAAGACUUCAUCAAAUCAGCUCUUCCAAGCCAGUACUUAGGCCUGCUUAAUGCAACAGAAGUGGGUAAUUUCUCCAACCAUCUUUUUGCAGUUGAGUUUGAUACAGUUCAAGACUUUGAGUUUGGUGAUAUAAAUGAUAAUCAUGUGGGGAUCAAUAUCAACAGCUUAGUAUCAAAUAAAUCAGCUAAAGCUGCUUACUUUUCUGAUGAUUUGGUUCAGCAAGAUUUGAAUCUCAAGAGUGGUAAGACUAUUGUGGCUUGGAUCGAAUAUGAUUCGAUUAGAAAUUUAGUGAAUGUUACUCUUUCACCAUCUUUUUCAAAGCCCAGAUUGCCAAUUUUAUCUUAUAAGUUGGAUCUUUCUCCAAUUUUUCAGAAGAGUAUGUAUAUUGGUUUUUCAUCAUCCACUGGUUUGCUUGCAAGUUCUCACUAUGUUUUAGGAUGGAGUUUCAAAACUAAUGGAGAUGCAAAGGUUUUGAAUUUCAAGUCCUUGCCCUCACUUUCUGGUCACAAGAAGAGAAGCCCAGUUUUUAAGAUUCUUGUCUCUGUACUUUCAGUGUUGGUUGUAUUAGGUUCAGUUUUCUUGGUACUUUAUGCUUUAAGAAAGUAUAAGAACAGAGAUAUAAUUGAAGAGUGGGAGCUUGAAGUUGGGCCUCAUAGAUUUUCAUAUCAAGAAUUGAAGAAAGCUACUAAAGGGUUUAAAGAAAGUGAGUUACUUGGUGCUGGUGGAUUUGGUAAAGUUUACAAAGGUAUACUUCCUUCUUCGAAAUUGGAAGUGGCUGUGAAGAGGAUUUCGAAUGAAUCAAAGCAAGGUCUUCGCGAAUUUGUGUCUGAAAUAACUACAAUUGGUAAGCUCCGGCAUAGGAAUUUAGUGCAAUUACAAGGAUGGUGUCGUCUUCGCGGUGAUUUACUGCUUGUUUAUGAUUAUAUGCCUAAUGCAAGUUUGGAUAGAUUCUUGUUUGAGAAGCCUAUAGCAGUGCUAAGCUGGGAGCAGAGAUUUAAUAUAAUUAAAGGUGUCGCGUCCGGGCUAUUCUAUUUACAUGAAGGGUAUGAGCAGAUUGUGAUACACAGAGACAUUAAGGCUAGUAAUGUGUUGCUUGAUGGUGAUUUGAAUGGCAGAGUUGGUGAUUUUGGAAUGGCAAAGCUAUACGAGCACGGGGAGAAUCCUACCACCACGCGUGUUGUGGGGACUUUGGGGUACCUUGCACCUGAGCUCCCUCGGACAGGAAGGGCCACAACAAGUUCUGAUGUGUUUGCAUUUGGUACAUUGUUGCUGGAAGUUGUUUGUGGAAGAAGGCCUAUCGAGAACAGGGCACCUCCUGAGGAAUUUGUGUUGGUAGAUUGGGUCUGGGAUAAGUGGAUACAAGGUAAGCCUUUUGAUGUUGUGGAUAAAAAGCUUGAGGGUGAGUUUGAUGAGAAUGAGGUAGUGGUAGUGUUGAAAUUAGGACUAAUGUGCUCGAAUCAUGUCGCGAAGUCCAGGCCUAGUAUGAGGCAGGUUGUGAGGUACUUGGAAGGCGAGGUUGGGUUACCGGGAAUGGUGAGACCACCCGGGGGGUGCUACGGUGAUGGAAAGGGUGGCGGAGAAGGGUUCGAUGACUAUAUCAAUUCAUUUGCAUCAUCUUCUUUCGAUAAGGGGAGUUUAUAUUCUGAAGGAGCUCAAGCAGAUGGUGAUCUUAGUUUUGUUUCUGUUUCUGCUUCACCAAUGUCAUUGCUACUCCCUCCGUCCCUAUUUAUGUGUCCACUUUGGAAGUAAAAACUUGUCCUUAUUUAUCUGUCCAUUUAUACUUUCAAAACUAAUUUAAUGAUAGUUUUUCAAAUAUAUCUCCAAAAUUUCAAUUUUCAAGACUUGACUUAUUUAAAACUUGGUUGAAUUCAUGUUUUCAAGACAUAAAGUAGGGGUAUUCCACCAUUUUCAAGAUAUUAAUUACAGGUAUUGAAUGAAAAAGUUUAUACAAUCAACUAUUCCUUGGUAUGUGUUUUUUUAUCCAAAAUGGACAGAUAAAAAGGGACGGAGGGAGUAUAUAAGAAAGGGGAAGCAAGGUAGUUUACUAGUUUAGUGAAAUAAUGGUGUGGCGAUUCUCAAGGGGUUUAUCAACUUGGAAGUUACCUCAAGGCUCAGUUUGUUGAGGGAUUACAUUUUGUGCCUCUGGAUGUAUGUAUUAGUCUUAAACUUCACAAAUAUUACUGGAUAUGAAUAUAAGGAUUGUUUGUUUGGGUGUU